AUGGAUAUGGACUCGAUCCUCGACAGCGGCUAUGUGCCGCACUUUGUGAUUCGGCGCGGAAUCAGAAUGCAGUUGCGCGACCGUAUCAACUCCAUCGCUUCAGAAUCCCUCGAAGUUGCCAAUCAGAAGAAGAUGGAAUUUGUGCAGAAGCUACGCACGCAGCCCAUUGCCAUUGAAACAGACGCUGCUAAUGAGCAGCACUACGAAGUUGGCGCUGGUGUCCUUGCGGCUUGUCUAGGCCCGCGAAUGAAGUACUCUUGCUGCUUGUACCCUACCGGGAAGGAGUCUUUGGGCGAGGCUGAAGUUUUGAUGCUUGAAUCCUAUCUGAAAAAGGCGCAGAUCGAGGACGGCAUGUCGAUAUUGGAUCUCGGAUGCGGCUGGGGUUCCGGUGCGCUAUUCUUCGCCGAGAAGCUUCCCAAGUCACAAAUUACAGCCUUUUCAAACUCAAAAUCUCAGAAAGAGUAUAUCGACGGCAUUGCAAAACAAAAAGGCUUCACGAAUCUCAGAGUGAUCACUGGAAAUGUUGUCGACUAUGAGUUCGAAGCCGAAACCCUUGAUCGCGUGGUAUCUAUUGAGCUUUUCGAACACAUGAAAAACUACAAGCUGUUACUCGCGAAGCUGUCGCGUGCCCUCAAACCCAAGGGCAAGCUAUUCGUCCACAUCUUCGCGCAUGCGACGUCGCCGUACGACUUUGAGGAUGGUUGGAUGACGCGCCACUUCUUCCGAGGCGGAACGAUGCCAUCGGAUGACUUAUUCCUAUACUUUCAGGAUGAUCUACGAAUCGAGAAUAAGUGGUGGGUUAAUGGUAAACACUAUGCCCAGACGUGCGAGGACUGGCUCAAGUGCAUGCUGAAGAACGAGAAGGAGAUUUGGCCGCACUUGGUUGAAACCUACGGGCAGGAAAGCGCGUCUACCUGGUGGAACCGGUGGCAGAUCUUUUAUCUGGCUUGCGCGGAGCUGUUUGCCUACGAGGGAGGGGAUACUUGGGGUGUCGCCCAUUAUCUAUUCCAGAAGCCCUAG